CAGGAAUUCAGCAUAGAUAAUCACUCUAUAAAGCAACACUGAAAAACGAUAAAGUAUUUGGAUGUUUUUAACUAAAUUAUAACUAGUAAUAAAGAAUGACAGACGCUCACUUGGACAGACAGAAUAGGGACAGUAAGCGGGUGAGGAGGUCUGCAUUGGGACCUUUCCCCAGAUCAGUGUGGAUCCAUUCCGACACCCCUGAGGAUCAGCUGGAUCAAGUGUGUUUCAGGAUCUGGAGGCGCUCUGUUUUGGCACAGGGAUCUAUAUGGCCACACCUGGCUGAAAAUGCUCACAGGUUUAUGGAUGAUCCGAUAAUGCAGGAUUGUAUCAUUACCAGCAAACAGAAGAACCUCGCUGAUGAGACUUCAACACCAGUUGAUGAGAAUCAGCAAGGGGUGGAUGAGAUUAACUUAAUGGUCCAGAAAGAAAUUCAGCAUAUCCUUCAGCAGCAUGGCGGAAUUGUUUCUUCUACGACAAUCACAUGUUCCGAUGGAAAAAAUCCUAAAAGUUCACAUGAUAUCAUGGAUAUUAAGGAGGCACAUCUAAAAAGUAUUGAAAAGUUCCUCAAGGAUGCCCUUAUCACAAAAGAACAAAGCAAAAUGAAGGAUGCUUCCCAGGUAUCCCCACUAGACAAUUCCUCCCCACUCUCUUCCACCAGCUUACCAAGGGAAGACAAUCCAGCUAAGAGAGCCCUCAUUAAAGAAGACUUUUCCUCCAAUAUCCACCCUUUAGCUUCUAUAAACCAAGCAUUUGAUGACCUGAUGGGUUCAGAGGCACAGAGGAGCAAAAGGUGGUCAAACUGCCAGAGGGCCAAUCCUGCGGCAUUCACUGAAGCAGUGAUAAUAGAGGAGAUUCAAGCAACUCGGUCCUCCAAAGCCCUUAAUGAGCUCUGCAGCAAGCUGCUGGGUCCAAACCUGGAAUCAGAUACCGUAGAGACGUUCACUAAAGAUUCUGUGUUUGAUGGCCGGCAUAUAAACAAGCAUGGGCAUUCCAAAAUGCCAGUGUUUGCAGAGUCCACUCUUGGAGGUGGAGUUCGGCCACAGGGCACUGGUGCAGAUGGUGCUUGUGUAACACACAAAACGGCUGGCGCUGACACUGAGAGUGUGCGGAAGGCAGCUGGCUCUCCCAAAUAUGCCAAAAGCCACCUCUUCCAGGAGCAUGUAACAGUGGUGGGGAGGAAGACCCGAGGUUCAGAUGGUGAUAAAGCAGGUGUUCAAGCAGGACAUAUGGCCAGGGUCCAGACACAUGCCGGCCAGCAUAAGAAGGUUGAGUCAGGGAUGAGCAGCAGGUGUUUUCCAGAGAAGCUGGCAGCACCAGAUCUUCGGGCCUAUGCUCUAGUCAUUGGCAUGCCUGCUUCAAGUUAUCCCCGGCCCGUACUCCCCCCACCAGGCUUUAAUGUACCUCAGCUAAGCCCACGGAGUGUGGCGAUGGUCUCCUUAUGGCUCAGUUGUGGUGUGACGCCACCAUUGUGCAUACCAGUGUCUUUUGUGACCCCAGUGCUCCCCAUUCUGCCCUUCUUCACUCAUAAAGAUGCUCACCGACGGCCCUUACCAUAACAGAUACCUGAGCACAGAAUCUAUUAAAUCUUCCAUAGUAAGCUGUGUCAUACUGAUAAGAAGAUCACAAUAUAAAGACAGGUGGGAAGAAGAUGAAAUGAAACAUCGACCAAAUAAAGCAGAAUAUAAGAAAGACAUUCAAAUAUAGACAUCAGUUAUAGCUUUA